GUAGGGAGAGAAAGCCGGAACACCAUUUCAAACUUAUUAAUAUGGUCAGCGAGGUUUAUCCGAGUGCCUCUGAAAUUCAUAUUGGGGAAAGAGAUGUUUCCCAACUCAAAGCACUUUCAUUAAAUUUUUUACAAAAUAUCUCUGAAAUAUCCAACGGAGGAGAGGUUCCAAAACUUAGUCCAUGUCAUAAAUGCGGGAAACAAAUUUUAACAUUUUCACUACGGGCAUUUGUGGUUUUAUCCUAUACACAGACUCCUAUACACCCUAGCUGUUCUAUCUGCUCUACAAUUAUCGAGAUUAUUAGAGAGGAGGUCACUCUCGCUUCGGAUAAGUACCGGAUGACGCCCAAGAUUCAUUCCCUUAUCAACUCCGAGAAAAAAUCAUCCAAGCAAAGCGAGAAUACUAUAGAUGAUGAUAUAGAAAAUACACGAGAAUCGGAAUUGGUAGUAGGUACGUCUUCCACAGAGCAAGAGAAGCAAACUGAGCGCGGUACCAGUCCCAUUGUAAUCGAUGAUGAUAGUUAUGAUUUGUUGGAGGAGUUAUCCGUAUCUAUUAAGGAUGAAACCGUCGAAGCUAUGAUCGGUGAAGACGAAAAUGACAAGGAUUCAGCACCGAAAAAUCCAAGCGUUUUAUAUCAGAAAGUAAGCUGUGCUGAUAAAAACAACUCAAGAAGAAAUUGCAUGUUGGUAUUAUUAUGGGAAAAGGUUUGA